AUGGAUAUAAGAUUGGGAGGGUUGGGCUCACCAACAGGUGACAUGUUGGCAUUCCUAGAGAAGAAACAGUCCUGCAAAAAAGAGGAGCGUGUCAGGUCGGUAUGCUUGAGUGCCAGGCUGUCAAACAGCUGCACUGGCCAGACCCACUUAGGGUAGUCCAUGGGGCAGAGCACUGCUGCAUACCUCCUAAUAUUGGAAGAUAUGGCCAGUAGAGAGUCUGUUGGUGACAGGUCCGGACUGGCCAUCGGGCACAGCGGGCAAAUGCCCGGUGGGCCGCGGUGGCCGUGGGGCCGAGGCCGGCAGGGGAGGUCCCAGGAUCUCCCCUGCCGGUCUAUGCAGGGCCGGCACUCUCCUAGCACCGGCCCCGCUGUUUGCCACGACGGGCCGGUGGGGAGAUCAAGGAUCUCCCUGACCGGCCCACAUGCGGCCGCCGGCGGGCAGAGAGGGAGACAGCCAGCCAGGCUGGAGAGAGGACCCGGCGGAGCUCUUACUUGCAGCUCCGCCGGGUUCCUCUCGCGAGAUCCGGCACGUUGCCAUGGCAACAACCGGAUCUCGCGAGAGUGAACUCUAGCCUCACAGGCUAGAGUUCACUCACCCACGAGGACCACCAGGGAACACCGCGUGCCGGACCCCCCCUCCCAGUCCCAGCGUGCCGGUCCCCCCCCUCCCUUCCAGGCUAAAGGUAAGAAGGGAGGGGGGGGGAGGGGGAAGAAUAAUGACUUUUUUGUUUUGUUUUUUUAUUUACCCCCCCCCCUACACACACACACACACACAAUAACAUUUAUACAGCACUCUCACACCCAGCACUCUCACACCCAUCACACACAGCACUCUCACACCCAUCACACACAGCACUCUCACACCCAUCACACACAGCACUCUCUCACACCCAUCACACUCACAGCACUCUCACAGAGCACUCUCACACACACACAGCACUCUCACAGAGCACUCUCACACAGCACUCUCACACCAUCACACACAGCACUUUCACACACACAGCACUCUCUCACAGCACUCUCUCACAGAGCACUCUCACACAGCACUCUCACACAGCACUCUCUCACACAGCACUCUCACACCCAUCACUCACACACGGCACUCUCACACCGCACCCCUCACACACAGCACUCUCACACCGCACCCCUCACACACACACCGCACCCUCACACACACACAUACUGCACCCCUCACAUACACACAGAACCCCCCCAACACACUGCACCACACACAUACACAAUACUUCCAAAUAUAUAUAUAUAUAUAUAUAUUAUAUAUUAUAUAUAUAUAUAUAUACAUACACACACACACACACACACACACACUACACUCUUAAAGGACCACUCUAGCCACCCAGACCACUUCAGCUUAAUGAAGUGGUCUUGGUGCCAGGUCCUUCUAGGGUUAACCCAUUGUUUUAUAAACAUAGCAGUUUCAGAGAAACUGCUAUGUUUAUCAAUGGGUUAAGCCUUCCCCCAAAACCUCUAGCAGCUGUCUCAUUGACAGCCGCUAGAGGUGCUUGCGUGCUUUUCACUGUGAAAAUCACAGUGAGAGCACGCAAGCGUCCAUAGGAAAGCAUUAUAAAUGCUUUCUUAUGCGACCGGCUGAAUGCGCGCGCAGCUCUUGCCGCGCGUGCGCAUCGGAGGAGGAGAGCUCCCCACACAGCGCUGGAAAAAGGUAAGUUUUAACCCCUUUCCAGAGCCGGGCGGGAGGGGGUCCCUGAGCCACAUAUGCAUCACAUUACACCACAAACACAACACGACUAAAACCGACCUUAUUACACAAUACCACACCACGACCAGCUCACUCUACACACACGCAAUACCACAAGCAGGCUUCAAACACAUGCACAAUACUCUUUCCUGGCCUUUUGUCUCCUGGUAUCCAUUUAUAAAGACACCAGAGACAAGUUGCAAGGAAACACAGUGCAAGCAUGUUAUUAAUUUUGCUUGCACUGUGCAGAACAAAUACAGGACUUUUUUCUCAUGCUAGAGCUCUUCAGCAGAGCUCUGCGCAUGGUCUACCCUGGAAGAGCAUUGAACCAACAUGCUCACUUUGAGAGGAGGCGUGUUUGUCAUUGGUGAUGACAAAACACACCUCCUCUGCCCCGCCCCCUUUUUAGUGGGCCGCUGUGUUAAAAAAAUGCCCGGGCCGAAUUUUUCUCCCAGUCCGGCCCUGGUUGGUGAUACAACAGUGGACAGUCCUUCCUGGAAAAGGGAAGGGGCCAGCCUCAUCCAAACAGCCCAUGCUCAGAGAGCUGAUGAAGCCCUCUCAUGUGGGCUAAGUGCCCUUGUACACUUUUCACAGCUCAAUCACAUGUAAAUAUAUUUUGAGGGACAUCAAACAGGAACCAAAAUUCAAGACAGUUUCUUCAAUCCCUUUUACAAUUGGGGAAUAUGCCACAGCAGUACACGGUCACGGUGGACACGGCACGUUAGCUGUACCGGGACCUGCAGAAUCCCAUUUAUGCCCUAUGAAACUUGUAAACAAAUUACUAGUACUUAAUCAGAGCAAGAAUAUACACCAUGAUUCCAGAGUGUGCAUGUUCUACUAGAGGAACUAGCCACAGGGAUUCCAUGAAGGAAGGUGUAUUUUACAUGUAAUCAGUUGAGUCAUUUAUAAUGUUUUAAAGUUGCUUUAAUUUUUAAUUGUCAUUGCAUGAAUGAAAAUCAAUGCCACUCUAGCCUGAUCUGAGAGAAGGCAGAGGAUAUAAAGCAGGGUGGCAAGGUGUGAGCGCGAUAGUAUUAAGCCUGCUGCGCAUGAUUUCUUGAGUCUGUGUGUCUAAAGGCAAAACUGUUCAGUAGAAAUAUAUUGGCUCAGUGGGCUAAUGUACCAGAAAAAUAGAGAAGAGGCAGAUCCAAUCCAUGCAAGAUGACACAGCACACAAAAUAGGAAUAAUUUAAUUCACAAUAUGAACCCUCAUUCUAUAAUUGCCCACCAAUGUAACAGUACUUUAAAAAUUAAAGGGACACUAUAGUCACUAGAACAACUACAGCUUAAUGUAGUUGUUCUGGUGAGUAUAAUAGCUCCCUUCAGGCAUUUUAAUGUAAACACUGCCUUUUACAUUGUCCAUAGGGACACCUCCAUGUGCCCACUCCUUAGAUGGCCACUGGAGGGGCUUCCUGGCUCAGGGCUGCACUGUAAGCAGCCCUGCCGUUCAGCGCCCCCACGCUCUGCAUGGAGACGCUGGAUUUUCCUCACAGAGAUGCACUGAUUCAAUGCAUCUCUGUGAGGUGGUCCUGAUUGGCCAAAACGGCAUUUGUCCCCUUCCCGUGCGGAUUUUAGCCAAUCCAAUGCUUUCCCUAUCGGAAAGCAUUGGAUUGGAUAAAAAUUUACCAUUUUGAUGAUGUCACAAAUGGAGCGGAGCCAGUGCCGGAGGACCCCCACGGCGCUGGAAAUAAGAUGAGUUUUAAACUUUUAUAGGGGGACUAAGGGGUGGCCAGCCAGCUAAAUUAUUAUUGCCAUUUAUAUAGCGCCAACAGAUUCCGUAGCACUUUACAAUAUUAUGAGAGGGGGGAUUUAACUAUAAAUAGGACAAUUACAAGAAAACUUACAGGAGCGAUAGGUUGAAGAGGACCCUGCUCAAACAAGCUUACAUUCUAUAGGAGGUGAGGUAUAAGACACGUAAAUGGUGGGUUAAACACUAUAGGGUCAGGAAUACAUGUUUGUGUUCCUGACCCUAUUGUGAUCCUUUAAACAUAUAGAAAUUUGUAUCCAUAUUUGCUAGGAAAAUAAUCUUCUGCAGCACAUGGCCUGAGCUCUGAGGCCUGAAUAUCUGACAGUUAAUGGAAUAAAAAAGUAAUACAGCAAAAAAUAUAGUAAAGUGUGAUGAGAACUGUAGCCCAUGGAUCAGCGCAGCUAAGAGGAAUAGGCCUUGACAGAGCCAGGAGGUAGGCAUAGCAGCCACAGGAAUUUAGUGACAGCUAGCAUGCUGGGUAGGGCGGAGCCAUAAGGGGAGUAUUUAUACCAGCCAUUAUGUGAAGUGGCCAUUUUAACUGAAUCUAAGCUUACCUGUCAGUUGUGAAAGCUGCCUGCCCUGGAGGGAGAAGGCAGCAUGGAGGUACUGAGACAGGAGGCAGCAUGGAGAUACAGGAGAGGCUGGAAUGAGCUGCUACUACAUGAUCACUCCCAUCAGCAGCAUGGAGGCAGCAUAGAAGAACAGGCAGCAUGGAGGCAGCAUAGAAGAACAGGCAGUACUGAGACAGGAGACAGCAUGGAGAUACAGGAGAGGCUGGAGUGAGCUGCUACUGCAUGCUCACUCCCAUCAGCAGUAUGGAGAACAGGCAGUACUGAGACAGGAGACAGCAUGGAGGUACAGGAGAGGCUGGAAUGAGCUGCUACUACAUGAUCACUCCCAUCAGCAGUAUGGAUUCGGCACCCAGCCAGGAGGCAAGAGGGUCGGACAGCACCGGGAAGCGGCCGGCGCCGCCGGUGCGCCGCGGUGCCGGUCAGGCGAGGACGGCCGCGAAGCGCGGGCCUGCUGGUAAACGCGCCCCACCCAAGAUGGCGGCAGGCAGCACAGGAACACCAGAGGAGGGCUCCAGCACGGCGGGAAUGGCGGCUGGGAGAGCGGAGGAACACGUGGUCGGCAGCACUUCAGUGAGGCGUCCCGGUGAGUCCACUCUGGUCACUGAGGGGCAGGGGGCGGGCGGGACGCGGGAUGUUCCAGCGCAGGCGGCCCCCCAGCAACCCAGGGGUGGCCUGGUCAGCGGGACCAGCUCGCGGGCGGCCUUAGGUGUGGCCGGCACGGGCGACAGUGCCAGGCAUAGGGAGGAGGGGCGGCAGGAAGACGGCAGGAUCGGACAGGGAACGGCAGAGGUUCCAGCGGGCUGCCAGGGGGUGCAAGGGGCAUCUGAGCCAGGCGCAGCGGCCAACAGAUGGCCAGGUACAGCGGAGAAAGGGGACACACGCAGUACAGCGCGGGAUAGGGAAGUCAGGAGCAGUAGCAGUGGAAGGUUGGGCCCCUCAGGCUGCUCUCACGGGGGGCACCGCAGCGGACCAGGGAGCGGGAGGAGUACAGACGGGAGCGGCGCAGCGGUGGCGCCAGGCCCGGCAGCAGCAGGAGGUCAGCUGAUCGGCAGUGGAGCAGGGACAGGAGUCCAUCGCAUAGCAGGCGCAGUGGUUCCAGGACCAGCUGCAGGGCGGGGAGAAGGAGGUCCGCGUCCAAGGACGGGCGGGGGCGGAGGCGGCGCAGCGCAUCUGGGUCAUCGGGUGACAGUGCACUAGGACAGCAGCGGGCCCCCAGGAGCAGGGAAGCUAGGCCGGCAAGGCGGUGCGAAGCUUGGAAUUGCGGAGAAGAGCGUAGGGAGGAAGGACGGGUAGGGGCCCAGCAGUACAGACUACCCAGGUUGUCUUCUCCUUACAGGUCGCGGAGCGCUACCCCUACGGUCCUGAGGAGGGAUCAGGCGGAUGGGAGUCGGCGUCAACCGGAUGCUCCGGAGCCUGAACGGGUGGACGGAAGGUCGGCAACCCCGGAGCCUGGCACGGCCGGGGUCUCCAACG